CAGUGUCGGGCCGACAGAGUUCGCAGGUGGGGUUGAAACGAAACGACAGGCAACAGGCACGGACACGCCGAAGCGCUCGAUGGACUCUUCUUUUCACUACAUGGAGUACAUGUAGAUGUGCUUGUUGUUGUAAACAUUACAUGGUUGUUCUUAUAAAUUUUCAUUAGAAAAUUUACAAGAACGAAUAUUAUUGCGGAUACUGACUUUCACAACUUUCGAAGUACUCUGUUUUCCACAUCUUUAAGUAAAUUGUGGGAAAGGACAAUAUGAGUGACGGGGAGAAGGAACUCGGGUCUCGAAUGACCCGAGUUUCUUCUGCGGAGAAUCUGCGAGGUACUGUCCCAACAGAAGAGACCUUGUCCUCGCCUGUUGCUCCGACGAAGGGAGAAUGUGUCGGUCUUUACAGUGAUGUGCCAUUACCGCAUUCGCCGACGCGCGCUCCUUCUGGUUGGAGUCUGUCGCUGUCGCUCAGCAGGGCCAAGCGAGCCCUAGUUGACGAGGAACGGGAAGAAAGCAAGAAAAAGCCUCGGACGGAGCCUGAACAACAGGUGAAACCCAAACCUGCAAGGCGGGUGACGCUGGUAGAUUUGCAGCAGCUUCCCAGCACCAAGAAGGUGCCACAGCAUGUGAAGCCAGCGCGCACACGCCCGUCUUCAACAACAUCCACACAUUCAUCAUUGAAUUCAUCUGGCUCUGACUUGGAGGAGGGUGAAGUUCCUCCUAGUCCACCUAGAGGGUCUUUGCCUUCUAAAGUAGCUCUUUCAUUUAUCAAUGAUGAUGAGGUUGAAGAGCUGAAACUUAAGAAUGAGGCUCUGGAGCAACAAGUGGCUUUCCUCAGGAAAGCUAAUCAAUCAUUGGCGGCGCAUGUAUCGGAUUCCAAAGAUGUUUUGUACAAAGAAGAGGUAAAAAAACUUAACAAAAAGGUGACCAACUCUAAAAAACGCAUUACGGCUUCUGAAAACGAGUGUGCUGAGCUGAAAGCAGCUCUUAAGUCUGAGAAAAAGAAAGCAGCUGACUUGGAACAUAAUGUUAAAAGUUUAGAAACCAAGCUAGAGAGGGCAAAUGGAAAGAUAUCUGACCUGGAAAGUCAGAGAAAAACAUUACGUGAUGAAAUUGCUGCCUUUAAAGUAAAGAUUGCCAAUCAGAGAGCAAAUUUAACAGGCUUGGAAAAUCAACUCAUUAAAUUUAAAAGCAACGAGAGUAAGGUACCAUCCUUUUUUAAGGUGCCUACUAAACCGGAAAAUAUUAAUCCCAACAAAUGCCAUUGUGUGAAUCAUUGUCGAUGUCGUGAUCUGAUGUUAGGGCUGGAGUGUGAAGUGUCAAAUUUGAGGACUCGGAUUAAAAAUCAGACUUUUCAUCUUGCUAAUCUCACUGCUGCGUUUGACAAGACCAAGCUGGAAGCUUCUCGGGUUAAGACUUUGGAGUUGGAGUUAAAGAGGACUUUAGCUAGAGGGGAUUCUGUAGAACAGAAGACCUCUAGCAAGUCUAUUUCAUGUCAUGGUCUGAAGACAGAGGUCUCUGAUAAUCAAAGGGAAAUCAAGAAUGAGAUUUGGAAACCACCUGUUAUUGUCUUACAAUCACCUGAAAGUAGCUCUGAAAAUGACAGCUUGGGUACCCUCCUCUUUGAAAAGAAGGUGUUUAAAGUUAUUUCGGAUAAUUUUAUCAUGGCCAAGAGUAUAAUGCAGAAUUUUGACGAGACUGCAUACACCCUGCCUGUACUUCGACCAGCCUAUCGCGCCACCAUUGCAG